AUGCCUGCAGAUACAUUAUAUGAUAUGCACUCGUCAUUUUGUUACUUUCAUAUAAUUUUGUCAGUUGAUACUUCGAUAGUACCUCAUCAUGACUUCUUAUCUGUCAAUCAAUCACUGGCUGAAACACAGGGCAAUCCUCAAUUGCCUACCACUCCUCUGGACGAAGAAUGUGAAUCAAUGGAGUCUAUAAACUCCAAUGAUGGAAAUCCUCUUCCUCCAAAGCCAGAUAGCUCACAACCUUGCUACCAAGUGGUCUAUCCUGCUUAUUUCUCACCGUUCUUCCCAUUUCCUCUUCCAUGUUGGUCGGGAUACAAUAAUGAGGCAACUAAGAAGGACACUCACGAGGUUCUCAAGCCAACUGCAGAACAUUCAACGAGCCCGAUCAAUGUUGAUGAGCUGGUUGGCAUGUCAAAACUGAGCAUAGGAGAAUCUAUUGGUCAUUCUAGUCCAUCCUCUCUUUCACUGAAUCUGCUUGAAGGGUCCUUUAGGCAGUCAGCUUUUCAUGCAAAUCCAGCCUCUGCUGGCAGUUCAAAUAUAAAUUCGAGCAGCAGCCCAAUCCAUGCAGUUUAAUGGGCAGCUUUUCUGAGCUUGAGAUUGUAGGUUAGCUCAAUGCUGGGUGAAUUCUUAAGGUUACUGUUAAUACAAGACUAAUAAUGUGCAGUUUGGUUUGGUUUGGUUAUUUCAGAUCACCUUAAUAA